AGAGUUCUAUAUAAUUACAUAUAUAGAAUAUUCGCUCUCUCUAGAGAGAUACAACCCUUCGACUUGUUCUUCGAUACGAUUAUUUAAUCUUCUGUCACCUGAUAACACCUUUUACUUGAAAUACGUGCAUUAUGGCUCGUCCGACUGUCCGGAAAUCCGGCGGAUUGUCAGAUGUAAUUGUCAAAAAUAUUGAAAUACACGUCUUAUUUAUUGAAACAACUAUCAUCCGACAAAUGAUUUACAUUCCUGAAUGAAUUAUUAUAAGCCGUAUAAUAUAUACGUUUCCUUAAACUUUCUUCACUUUGCGUCCAGAGAUACAACAGAGUUAAUUAUGAAACAUGCGACGAUUCCUCCAAUCUCUUUUAAGGAAACGUUCUGUUUUUUUAUCCAAGCGAGAUAUUUCAUUGAUCUUUGUAUUUUACUGAAGUGUAGUGAAUAGAGGUGUUACCAGGUAGAUGAGUCAACAUUUCCUACGACUUAUGUAUAGAGACCUAAGUAUUAAUAUUCGUGAUUAUUGCGAUUAACAACACACUGAUAGCAGACGAUGUAACUAAUUGAGUGUAUAUAAGUAAGUCAAUUUACGGGUUGCAUUUUGGCUAUUAAAUAUAUUCUAAUUACUAUGUAACUCCGAGGAUGAGGAGAGGGAGAAAAAAAAUCGGCAAACUCUAAACUCUGAACGACUUAUUGUACAUAUUCGUAUACAUAUGUACGUAUACACGUAAUACAGCUCGUGAGCUUGUACAUGCAAACGACAUACAUAUAUAAAUACAUAUAUAAAUACAAAUAUAAAAAUAUAAAACGAGAGAGAGAGAGAGAGAGAGAGAGAGAGAGAGAGAGAGAGAAAGAGUGCGUUUUAGGUCGCGAAGUCACUGUAUACAGUAUCUCCGAGCAUGUCAAGUCUUGAAAUCAAUUCUAAAAUUCAUUUGUUAUAUCCAUUUUAUGCAUUUUAUGUAUGCUCUUCGCAUGUAUUAGUGCAAUCAUAUUAUUUUAAAUUUUUUGGACAAAUAUUCUUCGUUUUUCAGGCAGAGAGCAAAGUAUUUGUAUUUCUCUGUAACGAAAAGAGAUCUCGCUGUUAUAUGUUUCAAUUAUAUUGAUAUAACGCAAAAAAAUUUACACUUGGAUAUCCAACGAUAAAUUCGAUAAAAGUGGGCUUGCAAAAAGUAAAUUCUGAUUACUUUAGCUAAUAAACAUUCUUAUUUUUGAAAAAACAGCCUAUUUACAUAGGAAAUAAAUUUGCGAAAAAUUUUGUUGCGAUUAAUGCUUUUGACAUUUUGCUUUUAAUUUAAACGUGAUUAUUUUUCUUAGAAAGGAUUGAACAUCUUUUUCACAUAAUAGUUAUAUUGUAAGAGGAAAUAUAAUUUUUAUUCAAAAAUUCUCUCUUGUGUUCUUAUAGAUUAUUUUAUUUAUAAUUAUAUUUUAUAUGUAGACAAGAUAUAAUUUUUAUAUAUCAUCAGGCGCGACAUAAAUUGCUGUAUUGAUAAGAAAGUUAAAUUGAAUGAAAUGGCUAAUCCUUAUUCGCGCGAUCAAAAAAAGAUUUUUUUUAUUAAAAAGUUGUGUUUAUUGUAUGAUAGUUAUAUUAAAUUUCCCGCCAUAUGAUAGCCCGCGCUUCUGCGCAGUACGUUGAUCUUAACCUUGUCCAACCUUAUCUGAGAUGUGCAUCAGAGAGAUCAGAGUAUCUGCGACACAACGCAUAGAUUGCUCUUGUCAAGUUUUAUUUUAUACAGUGAUUUCCGAUAAUUGAUUUAAAUAAUUUCUCAUUUUUAAUUUCUCUUUCCUCUACGCGUUUACAUGUGACUUCCGGAUUUUUAGAGAUGGUACAAACUACGAUAGACCAAUUUUAUAAAGCUACAAGUAGCAAUAAAAGCCCUGCUAAAAAUAUCAAGGGUUCAUCUAAUCACAAAAGUUUAAUAGAGGAAAAAGGACGAUUAUCGCGCAAAUUGAAAAUUGUACAUGAGAACACCAAACAAACCCCAUGUAAAAUAAAUAGAAAACAGGGAAUGCAGAAUAAUGUUUCAUUAAAUAAUGAAAUAUAUUGUUUAUCAAAAACAGAUGCAAAGGACAGCCCGAUUAAAAACAUGACUGAAUUUAUGAUAUCGCCAUCUAUUACUUCUCCUAUCAAUCGAAAACAUACUCCUAAAUCAAAUAGCGAUUCGAAAUUUAGUCCAAAAACAUCUUCUCCGAUAAAAAAGGCACUGGACGAAUCACAUAGAUAUGCAAAAGUAGCGCGAAGAAAAUUAUUCAAAGAUAGAACUGAGGAGCUACUUUCUGCAACGAUAGACAAUUUGAAUUUAGCUAAAGAAGGAGCUAUUGCUAAUAAUGACUUUAAUCUGGAGAAAGUUUACUCGAGUGGAAAAUUUAGCUACAAGUACAAUCCUAUAAACACUUCAGCUUCAAUGAGAUACGAAAUUAACGACGUAAUCAUACCCACAGACAUGUAUUCGCUGCAUUUUUUUUUAAUCAUUGUUACUGUAUUUUCCAAUCCAAUUAAUUGCGGAUACUUUGACGAAGACGAAUUAAGUUUUAUAUUUUCGUUACUUACUCUUUCAAAACACGCGCAAGCAUUAUUGAUACGUAUGUUAAAAAGAAAGUAUACAUGGCACAGGAUAAGUAACAUUAAAUACGACGAAAUAGCCAAUGAUCUAAAGCCAAUUUUCGAUGAGCUUGUAUCACGAUCUAUUUUCAAAAGUAAUACAGAAGAAGAAGACAUGUCUGUUUUGUUGAAAUUGUUACAAGUCGAUGAAAUUCGCAAGAUCUGUCAAGAAUCAAAAAUUAAUUGUAGUAAAAAAAAAGAAGACUUUAUACAAUCAAUCUUAAAGUUUUGCAACGAAACAAGAUCAUUGUUCCGUGGGAUGCCGAGUCCUGCCAUUAAAAUUCGCGCGUCUGUCAACAAACGCUUAGGAUCUUGCGUAUUAUUGAAUACAAGAGUGAAACAAAUGGUUGAUAGAAUAAUUACACUGCUGAUGCCGAAUAGAGAUCCCACUGAGACUUUGGGGGAUGUAUUCCUAAUGAUACUAAGAGUCGAAACAAAUCAGAUGAAGUUUCCAAAAUUAACAAUAAGUGAAUUUCCUAUCUUUACUAGCAAAGGACACUUGUUAGAUUACAUCGAAGCUAAAAAUACUUUAUCUGAUGUGUUGAGCGCAAUUGAGAAGAAACAAUGGGAUGUUGCACGGAAUCUUGGAUCUUUGGCCGCGCAACGUUUGCCGCUCUUAUUGGAGGUAGAAACACAAAGUCUUGAAGACUCCAUACUACCUCGUCAUAUCAGAUGCUUUAUGCCAGGUUAUUUGUGGCUCAAGGUUUUGUCUAAAAGUGUUGAUGCAUUUAAAAAGACUAAAGAAACAAUGCCACGGGCGAUGGAAUUCCUGCGAAUGUUAAUAAAUCAGGAUUGUCACAUGAAGAGUAGAAAAGGAUUGUGGUUUAAUGAAUUGAUCAAGAUAGAGAUGUAUCAUAUGAAGAAUCUUGAUGCUAGUGUUGCACUAUUAUCGGAUGCAAUAUCACAUGGGAGCCUAACAGAAGUCGAUAAAUUAGACUUGUUGGAUAGAGCAGAAAUGCUUGUUAAGAGGAAAACUGGCAUCAAUGAAUGUACAAAAGCUACCGUUGGACAUAUAUUGGACAACAUGCUCAACAAAGCGCGACCAAUAUCCCAGACGUGUUCUAUUACGAUAGAAGGAAUUUUAUGCGGAAAUACUUUGCAAAGGAAGAGUACUUGGUGUAUCAGUAACAACUUAGAUCAACAAAUAUAUGGUUCCGUCGAAAGUUUUGCGCUAUAUGACUACAAGUGCAAGGGAUAUCCCAAGGGUGUACAUUGUGAGGGUGCCUUUCCAAUCACUUUAUUUGGCACAUUGUUUUGGGAUGAGAUUUAUAAUAUGAACAUUCCCGGUACUUACGUAUCAUCGUAUCAAGAUGCACCGUUAGAUUUAUAUUCGUCGGAAUUUUACGAGAACAGGAAAGAGCGAAUAGACAUGAAGCUUCAAAUCAUUCGAAAAUUCGAUCCGGAAACAUUGAGCAGACAUGUAAAACACGAAUUCGAUUUAUAUCGUGAAUAUACCUCUCUUUGUCAGGGCACUCUUUUUGACGACAGUAAUAAUUUUCAGGAGAUAGCGUUUUGUUUAGGAGUAGAAGGUAUUGUUGGUAUUUGUGAACGACUCAUUCAUAAUUUCCAACUCUGGAAAGCUGGCUUUCCAGAUUUAAUUGUAUGGAACGCAUGUACAAAACAAUACAAAAUUGUAGAGGUAAAGGGUCCGGGCGAUUCAUUGUCAACCAAACAAAAAUUAUGGUUGGACUACUUAAAUCAUCUUGGAUUGAAUACAGAAGUGUGUUAUUGUAAGGCACCAAUGCUUCUGUCACAGUAGUAGUAGAGGGGCCUUGAAAAUGUCAAACACGAGUCAUACUAAAGGCGGACGUAAGCGGAAGCACGAAGAAAUUAUGACGUAAUGUCAUAGUUUUCAUAAAGUGCUGGCAAAGUGAAUAUGUAUAAAAAACAGUACAUUUUAUAUUGUUGCGUGAUAUUUUAUAUUUUAUAUAUCUAUAAAUUUUAUCUUUAUCUCUAUUCAAAUGAAAAUUUAAUUGUAUAAUUACAGUAAAAUAUCUUGCAUAAUAAUUUAAUUUAAAAACAGACGAGAUGAUAAAAUAUACUUACUGCAUUUGUCUCGUG